CAUGUGUAAUGGACAAUAAGCGAGCAACACAACGCAGCAGUGAGUGUCUGUGUGUCUGAGUGUCUGAGUGUCAACAAAGCAAGGAAUGAGGGAGGGGCGGCACCUCGCCAGGCCUUCCUCGCUCCCCUGGCACCGUGGCACCCUGCUCCCCUGUACUGCAGCACCCGGGGCCACGUAAUGUAGUGACGGUGACUAAAGAGACAGGAAUUAUAGAUCUAUUUUGUAAGUUUGUCAGUCACAAAGAUGAAUCGCGCGGAGAAUGAUGCGUACUGGGGCUCCACGGACACUGCGCCCCCAACACUCGACAACUUCUUCGAUGAGGAUUGUGAGGUGACAUGGACGGGCAUCACUGCAGAGUUCUCAAAGUUUCCACAGUCUGGGCCCUCCAAGACCACCCCUGAUGGCAACAGCAGCAGCAGUGGCAGCAUUGUGGACAACAUCACGGUGCACUCUGUGUCGGAUUGGAACUAUGUUGAGGUGAAGGAAGGGCGCAGCAGCACCAGCAGCAGCAGCAGCCAGUCUGUGUCGGGAGUGGGCAAGGCAAUUGGUGACAAGCUGGAGUCCUGGAAGCCUCCAUCUGUCUCCAUCAAGUGGAAUUCCUCACAAGGCAGUGGUCCGUGUGUACAGUGUGCUGCAAAAGACACUGAAAUAGUACAGCUAAAGAAGAGAUUAGAGAACUCCUAUUCCCGUUACAACUUGACGCUGCCGCCAGACGACACCAUCAACAGAAUAAUCCUUGGCCAGCCAUACUCACUGGAGAGUUACCGUAGCCUGGAGGACAAGCUUGCCCUGCUGGACACUGCUCUCAGCACAAUGGAUGGCAGUGCAAUAUUGGCAACCAUCCUGCACCUCAAAAACACUGUCAAAAAAACUAUCUUUACUACGGAGAUGCAAGCAAGACAGCAAGCCUGCACUCUGUACACCAACUACUUAAGGAAGCGACACAAGUAUUCUGAGGCUAUUGAAUUUCUCAGGUCGCUUGGGAAGCCAGAAGAAGCUGCUAUCCUGUCGUAUGAGUUGGCGCUGACCGGCAAGACUCCUGAGGCAAGGAUCAAGAAUAUGGAGAAAUCUUUAGAGACUCAUUUUGUUUUUCCUGUCUCAUUUGAAGCUAAGAUGGUGAAGAGUCAUAUGAAGCUGUUAGAGAGACAGAUGGCCAUAGAUGAGGUGGACAGCAAGGAACAGACCAACUCCAUGCUGCUCAAGUACCCGAGAGCCGCCAAUGUUGUGGACAAGUCUCUUCUGACAACGCUCUUCUACUGCUGCAUGUACCACUGGGAGGCGGGGGAGGGCCAUGUGGGGAGUCCGCUAGCACUGAGGAAGGCACAUGACCUCACAGACCGAGAGCUGCUGUGGACUGCGCUGAAGGGACGGGCCAGAGUCAACCACUGGCCGCUGCCGUCCGAGCUUGACUCCUGGCUAGGCAGCAAGGGUCUGCUUGGGGCACUGGGGUCAUUGAGCUCAGCCUUUGGAAGCUCAGGCAAGAUACUCCCUAAAGGAAUCAAAGCCACUCUCCCCAUAGAGGCGGUGGUGCACACACUCCAUGGCAGCGGGGCUCCCUCCAAUGUGUUGGCUGUAUACAUUGACUUACUGGACAAUGUUGAAUCUCGCCUCAAGCUGGCACACAACUACAAGUGUCACCAGGCCGUCAUUGAUGUGCAUGUGGGUCAGAAGGAUAGGAGUGCGCUGGAGCAGUACAUGAGGGAGAUCCCCGCUGUCCCAGAAUACCUGAAGGCUGAGAGCGCACUGAAGGUGAGCCCAGUGUUGAGAGGUUGGCUGUCUGAAGGAAGUAUAGUAAAGUGGAAGAACUAG